AUGUGGAAGGCAAAGAAUUUAAAAAGCAUUCCAAAGCAAUAUAUCUUAGAUCGUUGGACAAUAAAUGCUACUCAGAAACCAGUGUUAGAUAUAAGUUGUUUAGACACCGAAGAUGAUAGGCGGGUGGUUAUAAAUGAAAUGUGGUCGGAGAUAUUUUCUUGUGUGAGUUGGGUUAAAGGUCAUGAGGAGGACUUUAUUAAGAAUAUUCGAGAGUUCAAGAAUAAAAUUGAAGCGACAAAAAAUGUUACUUUGGAAGAUACUCAGAAUGUAAGAUCUAGUGAACAUGAUAUUGAGAUGUUAAUAGGAUGUAGCAUUCCUGAUGAAAUACUUGUUCAGCCUCCUAAAGUGUCGAAGAAUAAAGGUACAGGUGUUCACGAUGGCUCUGGAACUAGUGGGUCUAAAAGAUUAAAGGGUGCCAAAGAAAUAGCGGUUGAACAAUCUAAAAAGAAAACGAAGAGGAAAUGCAGUGGCUGUGGCGAGCUAGCAUAUCAUGAUAUUCGGAAUUGUCCUCACAAAGCAUGA